AUGGCCUCGAGGGUGGCGGCGGAGACGAGAGGAAUGGGGAAUGGGCGCGAAAAGAAAAGAGGAAAAACGACCGUUGGUCACGUGCCGCCGGGGCAGGGCCCAUUCCGGCGACUCCGCUGCGUUUCUUUUUGCGCGCUCAGCUCAGCUUUGCUUUUCUCCUGCUGCAGCUGCCGCUGCCGCUGCAGCAGGCUGCUGGUGUCGGCGCCGGCCGCAGCACGGUGGCCGCAUGAUCGGCUCCCCUCGUCCCCUCCACCCUUUCGGCGCCCCGCAAACAGCGCUGCGUCGUGCGACGUAACGUCGCGCCGUCCCUCCGCGAGUGGUGUCUCUCGGCUCAGCUCCUGUGGAAGGCCUCCAGGCCCGUUUUUUGCACUCGUGCCAAGCGUGCAAAUUACGCCAAUGGCCAGGAUUUGCAGCGGGUGGCGGCCCCAGACGGCACGCGGCCGUGCUAUCGGCUGUCGUGUUAUCGGAGUCACAGGAAAGCUUUGUGCCAGGUUUUGGUGGGCCCGGUUUCUGCGCGGGCGCCCAGCAAGUGUUGGCGUCAAGCGCGCGUAUCUCUGGCGGGCAACAGGAACACGCGCGGCGACGCAGAUCUACGGCCGUAGCGGGGCGGGCGGGCGGAUGGAGGGAAGGCGUGUCACGUGGGCGCAUCACCACACACGAAGACGAGCACGGCGCACGGCGCCGUGCGCCGUGACACGCUCACGUGCGGCAUCGCGCCUCUGA